UAAAACGUCAAAAAUGGUCUGAGAAUUGCUUUUCGCUGCAGCAUUUUGUAAAAAUUUACGUAAAAAUAAAUCGUUUGAACAGUGACCUCGCUUCUAAUGUGACACGAGAAAUAUAGAUAUUGUAAUACUUUCGUGUUUUGUGCGAAUAAUACCAGUGAAUUGUGACAAAAUGACCUUUGCAGUUCAGUGAUAUCCCUUGGAAGAGCUUAUUUUAGCUUGUAAAAAUGGCGUCGGUCUGGAAGCGGCUGCAGCGCGUGAACAAGCGCGCCGCGAAGUUCCAGUACACGGCCUCCUACCACCGCAUUGACGUCGAAUUGACGCCCAAAUGGAAACCCAAUAAACUAAGCAUUGUAUGGACACGUCGGUCGCGGCGCGUCUUGACUGAGCCGUUAGAAUGGGAACCCUCCCUCAAAGACCCAUUGAAAGGGUCAGUAAUAUUCGCGGUGCCAGAGAACCAGACGGUGGCGGUGACGCUGUUUCGGGACUCCAGGACCAAUGAACUUGAGGAUAAAGACUGGACUUUUGUUUUAGAAGAUGUGUCACAAACAGGUAAACGGCGUCGGUUAGCGGCGUGCGCAGUCAACUUGCGACGUCACGCGUCACUCACGCCGGCGCAGCGCACGUUACGACUCACGCUGGAGCCUGUGUCGCGCAAACUGAAGGCGGCGAGACUACAUCUCACGCUGCACUGUGUGUUACUGCGAGAGGGGCAGGCGACAGAUGAAGAUAUGCAGUCGCUUGCCUCGUUAUUGUCAGUGAAUAACAAUUCAGAUAUCGCUGUGCUGGAAGAUUUGGACGAAGACGACUAUACUUUAUCAGAUAAUUCCACAAGACAGAUGUUCGAUCUCCGUCAACAAAUGGAAGAGAUGACGCAAAGUUUAACCAAUAGCGACAUCGCAGCCACCCCUAACAGCGUUCAAAGCCUUAACUUCGACAAUUCCCGAACCCCUACCGCCCCCAUAACCCCUGAAUCCACCACCCCUACUACCCCAACACCCAAAAAAGAACCCCAAACCGCCCAAAACGACUUAAACGACACAAAAGACUUAAACGACUUUAAGGACUUAAAAAUUCAUGAGACGUCCAUAACACCAAAAUCUAGACCUGAAUAUUUAAGCAACCUAACCAAACUAGCAAUGAAAAGCGAACCAAAUAAUACCCCCAAAUACACUUCAACCCCGAAAAUAAUCCCAACUACGGAAGAAAGUAAGGUAGAUAACCUAAAAUGGGGGGUGUUGAAGCCUAAAACGAUAGCCAAAAGGAACCUUAAGCCAUUGGAAUUGAAGUCAAAUUUGAAUAACAUCAGUUUGGACACGAAUGAUAAUGAGAAGGGGGUUGAUAAUGAUAAGACACCGGUUGCCGAUGUGGAGAAGUUUCUGUCUGUUAAGGGAUUGGAUAAGGAUAAAACUCCUGUCCAAGAUUUGCUAGAGUGGUGUAGCAGCGUGACGCGCGAGUACAGCUAUUGUCGCGUCACCAACUUGACUACUAGUUUUAGAAACGGACUUGCCUUUUGUGCCAUCAUUCACCAUUAUCGUCCGGAUCUCAUAGAUUUUUCUGGUUUGCAAGCGGAUGAAGCUGAAAUAAAUGUCCGAACUGCAUUAGAAGCGAGUGCAAGAUUAGGUAUAGCCCAAGUGCUCACAGCCGCCGAUGUUUGCAAACCACCCGUGCCGGACAAACUCGCGAUAAUGACAUAUCUGUUCCAAUUGCGAGCCUACUUCACGGGCAAUGAACUUCAAGUGGAACAAUUAGGUAAUGAUGAAACGGAGUCGUCUUAUAUGGUGGGUCGUCACGACACGGACGCUUCAAUGCCCGCCGAGUUGUUCAGUCGCGAAGUGAGCACCAGGCGAUCCAGGAACAUGGUCGAUAGGCCGAGACCUGUGUCUCAAGGAUCCCAGGAUUCCCGCCAGUCACAAGAGCGUUCCCCGGACAAAUCCCCCACGGCUAUCAAAGACGUCCGGGACAUGUUGCUGCAGUCCAAAAGCAUCCUGGGCAAAAUGCUAUCCCCGGCCAAGGAGAGGGACAAACCCUCCGCCAAGUGGUUCACUGACCCGGGCAAAGUUAGCGAGCCGAUACCCGCUCGGCCGGAAAAGCUGAUGACCCGAAAAGAAUUCACGGAUCCCUUCGCGUCUGAUGAUGAGGAGGAACCGCCUCCCCCACCCUCCAAUACAAAUACCAGUGCCAACGAAGUUUCGAAUGGUGUGAAACCAGACCACAAACCAACAAUAGAACCAGCAACCACAGACCCGUUAAGUGUCCAGCAACCAGAAACCGUAAUCAAUGGACAGAUACCUGAAAAACCAAAACCAACCACACCAGAACUACCGAAACCAACACCGCAAUUGCUCUCGCGUCACGACGAACUCAAAGAGAGAGCGAGACAGCUGUUAGAGGCUACGAAACGCGAGGCGAGAGAAAAGGACAAAAGUAAAAGGCAGAGUAGUAAAGAGAGUGAUGAGAAGAGUGAAAUUUGUAAUGGACUCAAAAAUGGAGAUAUAGGAAGUCCUAAAAAGCAAAUGACAGAAGAGGAGAGGCAAACGAUGCUUCGAGAGAGAGCGAGAAAACUGAUAGCUGACGCAAGAGCAGGCAUCGUCAGUCCAACAUCACCCUUAUCGCCGUCGCGGGCGCGAGGCACCGUGGAAAUCAUCACAAAGCAAUCCGUUAUGGAGGAACUGGCCGCAGCUGGCGGUAUGGAGAGUUUGGAGGGCCUGGUGUCAAGGCCAGAGUCCGUUCCUUCCAGCCCUGGCUCCAGGAAGAGUGCAGCUAGUCCAGACAGAUCUGAGCACGCGAGUGAAGACAGCCGCAGCGUGCGCAGCAACACGCCCCCCUCGCCGCAGCGUCUCGCCGCGCUCUCGGAGAGGCUGUCCCCCGAACACUUCAAUAUGGAACACGGUCGUGAGACGGGGUCGUACAUAGCGAGUGAAUUGGAGGCGUUAGAGAAGGAACAGAGUGCAAUAGACGAGAAAGCGGCUGCGUUAGAGAAACAGCUGCGAAGGGUGAUGGACGCUGCCGACAAUACUGAGGAGGAAGAUCGACUCAUGUCGCAGUGGUUCAACCUCGUCAAUAAGAAAAACGCGCUAUUAAGGAGGCAGAUGCAGCUUAAUAUUCUGGAACAAGAAGAAGAUCUCAGUAGAAGGUGUGAACUCUUGGAUAGAGAGUUACGACUCUCUCUUGGAGUGGAAGAGUGGAGAAAGACUCCCGGGCAGAAGAGAAGAGAAAGACUGUUAUUACAGGAGUUGCUGGCCGCGGUGAAUGAGAGAGAUCGGCUGGUGCAAGAAAUGGACGAGCAGGAGCGAGCGAUAGCAGAAGACGAUGAAAUCCAACGUAACCUAUCAAACGUUGAAAUCCAAAGGAAAAACAACUGUAUUUUACAGUAGAUAAGGAUUACAAUCCCUCAUCAACGCUUACUUAAUAGCUUAAAUAUCUAUAGGAACUAAACAAAGCAUCGAUUUUACAUAACUCGCGAUUCGAUUAUAAUUACGAUAUGUAUAAUGUAAUUUUUAGCGAUGUAAAGAGGCAUAUUUUGAGAUGGGACAGUAUGAGAGUUAAUUAUUAAAAGAGAAAAUUAAUUUAAAAGAACUUUUUGAUCUGGUUCCUCCUUCACUUUUCGACUAUAUUAUACUAUACAAGAGUGAA